CUCUGGUAUCCGGAGCCGCAUGAGUCUGGAGAGCCACAGAUUGGAGACGUCGGCUUCAUACACAGAGGUGCAUUCAUCAGACUGUUCAAUCUAGACACCUCUUCGCCUGAAAAGAAAGUCGUAUUUUGGCCGACGCCGUUUGAGGACAUAGAACCCUUACCUCCACAUGUGCUCCAAAUCGAUCGCAGACAUCGUCCACUCGUCCCUGACCAUUACUGCAGCCAUGGAGUUGAAAGCAAGGAGGUACAUGGCUCGGCAGACAUAACAACUGGUGUCAAUAUAUCUGCUAGCUUUAGCGCUCAGUAUGCUUGCAGGGCAGCACAAGGUGCGGUUCUCGUGCUCAAGAGCGAGGCGCACGCCGAGGCGAUAUUCGAGAACCGGGCACUGAAGAAAUAUAUCAUCCGGAAUCACCACAAAUGGUGCGCUUAUGUCAAGAACGUCCUCUUCCAGGAUAUCGAGCCGGAGGACAUUGUUGUGGUCAGCGGCUGGGUCAAGACCGAGGACGACUGGGCGGCGGUUGCGUUUAGCAACGUAAGCGCGAGCAUCAGUGCCUCAACCGGAGGCCACGCGAGUGGCAUUGCAAGGGUUGAAGUUGGCGGAUCGCACGCGAGCUCCACGAUAGGUCCUAAAAUGCAGCGACAAGGUCGUAAAUACUUGGCGAGCACACCCAAUGCUCCUCAAACGGAACUGAAGAGAGACCAAUGCGUCCUCUUGAAGCGGUACAUGCUGCGAAGGCGGUUGCGCGUCUUGCGGAAGGUGGUCGCGGGCGCGGGAUAUCAUCGACUUCCAGAUUCAGGAGAUGCGAGACGUUCUUCAGGAGAGGAAGGAGUCCUGGCACGAGAAGUAGAGGAUUCUGAUGAAGAGAGCACGUCAGAGCUCUACGGUGAGGGUGAGGUUUCGGAUCCACUGGACAUCCUUUUGGAUUACAUACUGGAGGUAUGUCUCCACGACAGAUCCCUUCAUCGUACUAAGCGGGAAGUUUUUGGGUCGCUUUGCAUAGAAGAUGUAAUAUCCCAUGAGCGAGAUCGCGCUUUGGCGCAUCGCAUCAUCUCUUCUUCGGACCUAGCGGAGUGGGCAGAUAUAACCUUAGAUGGCGCUGGUCACUUAGAGGAUGGACACGUCUUCAUCAAUCCCACGGGGGAAGGGGAUCGACCCUUCAAAUUGAAGCGACUCGCCUUCUCCGACUCUCGGCGUCCAACUCGCGAUUGCCAAUGCUCCGCUGUGUCGACCGAUGACAAGCUUCUGGCAGCAUCAUUCGGGAGUAAUGAUGUUCUCGUCUGGCGACUAUCCGACGGUCUACUGGUUCAACGCCUACAUUAUCAGGGACAUACAGACGAGACCACAUCCCUCUCCUUUUCCCCCGACAAUAGUACCAUAGCCUCAGGGUCCGGAGACGGAGCCGUCAUUGUCUGGAACGUUCGACGCGGUCGUGUGCUUCUGCGUCCGGAAGGACAUGAAGGGGCGGUAAAGAGCAUCGUAUACGCUCCUCAUGGCGGACUCAUCGCCACCUGCAGUUUCAGCCCUGACUAUUCCGCGAGAAUAUCUGACUCCUCAACUGGAGCACGUCUGCAUACUUUCCACGUUGGCCAACGCAUACUUGAUAUCGCCUUCUCCCCAGACGGCUCGCGCUUCCACAUCACGCUAGAAAAUUCUCGUCGCAUCUACGACAUCCAAACCUAUACGCACAUCGCUACGCUAGCGCAUCCUGCAAUGAGCCCGAUCUACUCGUCGAUAUCUUGCCAGGGAGAUCGUGUAGCCACCGUAUCAGACGAUGGUCAAGUGAAAAUCUGGAACGCGGCGACUGGAAGAGAGCUUCUCGCGAUCACCCACCCAAAAGCGCUCUCACACUCCGUAUCAUUCUCUCCAGACGGCGUCGAAGUAGUAGCAGCUUCCCCAGACAGUACUGAGGCAGUGGCUGCCUUCCUGGACGAUGCCGCCAAGCCUGUAGAGGCUACCCAUGAUACACCCAGAACCGCUAUGGCUUAUGACUCGCGGACCGGCCAGUUACGUCGCGUCUACAGCUUAUCGGACGGUGCUUACAAAUCGUCGGGCAGUGUAUCUUGUGUGGCGUACUCUCCCAAUGGAGAUUAUGUCGUGUUGGGUACCACGUACGGACCAUUUCAAGUAUGCGACGCGAAGUCUGGGACUCCCCUCGCGAAGUUUGAGGAGAAGGGGAGGAGAGGUACCUCCAGGAGGCUCGAUUUUUAUCUGACGGUCACACUCUUUUGACACAAUUCUCGCGCGGGCCUAUACUUCUGUGUAACGUCAAGGAUGUAUCACGACUGCGAUAGAGUAGUAUUUAUAUUGGCUCGCCCAAUGUAUUGUAUCAGCAAAGACACACUAGGUGGUAGGUGCAGUUGCACAACCAGCCAAAAGCUAGGCGAACAAAAACCU